UUAUAUCAAAUCUUGCAUUUGAAGGUUUGGAUAGAUUAUUUUAAUAUGCAAAUACACAAGGGCUCCGUUCUACCGUGGUUUUGGACGACUGAACAUUGAAUAUAGACAGAACAUUUUGAUUCAAUUCUAUCGGGAAUGCAUCAGCCAUUGAAAUAUAAUACCACAAAUACUAUGGACAGUUAUAAUGUAUCCAUGUUGAUUUUGAAAGGUUAUUUUUAACAGACAACUAUCAUGAAUAUAAAUCAGAACGCUUUCCUCUUGUGUCCGAUUUGUGAAAAGGAGUAUGAUGACAGACGUGGUGCUCCACGUGUUCUUCCAUGCCUACACACGUGCUGCUCGACGUGCUUACAAGAUCUAUUGAACGACAACGAACUAUGUUGCCAAGAAUGCCAAACUCGUUUUGACAAAACUUUUGAUGGAGUUGAGGCCUUUCCAUUAGACACUGCCAUUAGAAACUAUUUAGAUUUUAUUAGGGUUCAACUUCGACCUACAGAGGUGCCUUGUACUGACUGUCCAGAUGAAGCAAAUGCGCAUGCAUUUUGUCGGGACUGUUUCCUAUUUAUAUGCCACGAAUGUACACGUGCUCAUAAAAGAACGCACGUAACAAAGAAACAUAUUUUAGUAUCGAUAGAAGAUAUGCGAGAAUGUGACCUUCGUGAUUUUCAUCGAAAAGACACAUGCCAAACAAAAGGCCACGAAGAGCAGAUAUUUACAUUCUACUGUGAUAAACGGGGUUGUGAUGUACCAAUAUGUACUCUCUGCGCAGUCUCAGACCAUAAUCAACAACAUGGUCAUAUCAUUCGUAACUUAAGCGAAGUUUAUGAAGAUAGCAAAUCAACCGUCCAUAGCGUUAUUCGAGAAAUCAACAACAGGGGAAAUCCCAUGUCUGAAGCUGUAUCACAAUUUGAAUCUGUAGUGGAUGAUUUGACCGAAAAGGAAUCUGAAAUAAACCAUGAAAUUGAUUCCAUUUUUGAUCGAUUUCAAAAACUACUAGAAGAGCGAAGAGAAAGGCUUCAUAGAGAAGUAGAACACCAUUGCCAAUCUAGAAAACGUGAACUUACGGAAAAAGUCUCAGAACUGAAAAGUUACUCAACAAAUGUUAAAACUGCCGUAGAAUUUGCUACAAGAGUAAUGUCAUAUACUACUGCGUCAGAAUUCCUCGUGUUACGUGAUGUAUUGCUUAAGAGAAUUUUAGAGUUAAAAAACCACAAGGUCUCCAUUCCAGCAAAAGACGAUGUGGCACUGAGAUUUUAUCGUGGUGCCUCCGACGAAUCAUUCGCAGAUUUGGUUAAUGCUAUUGGAAAAGUCGUAACAAAGGACUCGUCCAAUUCCCCAGAAACCGUUAACUCAAGCUUCCAAAGCGAAAGCUAUAGAAACUCUAAAAGAAGUAGUUUUAGUGACUUUCAGAUCGAAUUGCAGAAAGAUUUCAAUACUUUGAACAGUUUGAAUAAUUCGCCUUCUUUAAAUGAACAACAGGGAUCACAAUCUGAUUAUCGAAUGCAAAAAACAAGUUACCAGUCACAAAAACAAAGCAUGUCUAAUGGCCCUCUAUUGAUAAAACCUAGUUCACGAAGUGAUGAUUACGAUAACAUUAAACCAAGUAGUCAAAACCAUUAUUACACCCAAAAACAAAGCAAACAAUCGGAAUACCGAUUUCCAGCUGAAAACGAGAGCGGUGUCGUGCAAGUCGAGUUUAAUAGCCAAUCUUUAGCGCCAAGAGAAACACAAACUCCUGAUUCGGAAUUUGAGACAGCUCGAAGUGAAUUAAGAGAUGUCGCUAAAAGCAUGAAUGAAUCAAAGUUCAGACCAGUCGUGAAUGGAACAACUGAAUCAGCUUCUCCAAGCCAGGACAAACCCAGCUUUUUCAGUCGACAUUUAUCAAGUCCUCCUGAAAACUUGCAUGUCAUAUCAUCAGAAAAUGCCGAAAGAGACACAUCAGCAGACGAAACACAGCGCGAGACAAUCCUUCAUCAGGCGGGACUUACUGACUGUCUUCUGAAGACGAAAGUUGAAAAUGAAAGAACGCAAACUGUUAGAGAAAGGCGCUCUAACUCUUGUCCCCCAACACGUAGUACCAACAUUCUUAAUAUGCUAAAAACAUGGAAGCUUUGUUUAAAACUCAAAAAGGAGCGAAGCCUUAGUGCCAGAUCAAAAGAUGAAAGUCCGCGUGCUGAAGAGACGAGUUCUGUACAAAUUACAGAAAAAGCCUUUAUAUCGCCACGUGCACACAGACCACCAUCUCAAGACCAAAGUGAAGAUGUUGGAGUGUUUGUUCGUAAUGGUAUUGCUGAUGGACAACCAAGGUCGGGACCUGCCAUUUUCAACGACGUAACAAGUCCAGACUUUUCAUUUGAUGUUUUGACUGUUCACGAAGAGAGGGAGGUAUCCAUUGAUGGAAAGACUUUGCGUAACAGGAAAACUGGCAAUCCUUCAAGUAGCACAGUAGUUGGACCAAAUCAACUCAAACAGUACAAAGGAAUUAUUGGAAAUUAUUCAUUCCAACAAGCAGGAAAGUACUACUACGAGGUUGAUGUUACUUUUAAUAUCAUCCAGCCACUAGAACAGACUUGGUUAGUGUUUGAGCUGGGCCUUAGCAGAAAAGAGGACAUCGACAAACAUCACACGGUCGAAAGACACGAGUUUGCACGAUCAUUUUACGUUGCUCGUUAUCCAGAGGAUGGAAAACUGUCGCAGGAGUUUUGGCACAACCGUGACCUAAAGGCUAUCAUUCCUUUGUGUGAUAACAGUCCUGGUCUUACUGUAGAGGUGACCUAUGGUAUUCUAAUAAACACAGCAACCGGUAAACUGACAAUUGCUGAUGUCAAGAGGGAAAAGAAGUUAUAUACUUUUACUGACGUCGAUUUCUCUCAACCAUUGUUCCCUGUUUUUGGGACUUACAAUUCUGAUCUUGUGAACGUCAUUAUGAGGUUACGAGCUGGAGCUUCACUGGUACAGUUUCCCCCGUUUCUUAAAGGAAAUGAAGCACUAGAUAGUCCAAGAAAGUCUGAUCCAUUUGAAUCUGAUCAACGAAUGCCUGCAGAGAAUGAGAAAGGCAUGGUUCAACGUCAGAUCAGCAUGCCCACUAGAAUGGCGGGUGGUCAACAUAAUUUAUUAUCACCUAGAAAUAAUUUGUCCAGGAGCUCUGAAAAUAUAAAUGAAACUUCCUUUGAUAGCGCCCGGAGUGGACUGAGAACCACCACUGCAAAACCUGUAAAACCAUCUAAAUUUGGAUCUGUGACUAAUGGCAACUGUUCACCAAGAGAAAAGCCACCACAAAGUUUCUUCAAUAGACCUAGAAGUCCUCCAACAGUAAAGACGCAACCCGUUCCUGGUAAACUCCGAACAUCAGCUUCAACAUCACAGUUAGAUACCUUAUCUCGACCAUUAGGCCUUGGAGACUUCAUGAAGAGAAGUCUGAGUCAGACUGGGGAAAAAUCAUUUCAGCCAACUUCUGAAAGAUCAUUUAAACCAAUAACUUCUCCUCUGAACCAAAGACGUUCUUAUGACACUGACGAGGACGACGAUGAAGUAUUUGUCAAAAGUUCAAGCUCAGAGGAGGUAAAAUCAGGACCAACAACAUACAACGACGUGCAAUGUCCAGAUAUUUCCCUUGACAUAGAUACUUGUCAUGAAGAAAGGGAGGCUUCGAUAGACGGGAAAAUAUUUAAGAAUCGUAAAACUGGUAAACCAUCAUCUGGAAACCCGAAGAAACAAUUAAAACAAUACAAGGGAAUUCUUGGUAAUUUUUCCUUCAAAGAACCUGGCAAAUAUUAUUAUGAAGUGGUUGUUACAUUUAAUAUAAUCCAGCCUCUCGAGCAAACGUGGCUCGUGUUUGAAAUUGGCCUAUGUAGACGAGAAGAUGUUGACAAACAUCAUACUGUAGAACGUCACGAGCAUGCAAGAUCUUUUUACGUCGCAAGGUACCCAGAAGAUGGAAAACUAGCGCAGGAAUUUUGGCACAACCGUGAUCUCCUUGCCUAUGUACCCCUCAGCGAAAAUAAAGCAGGGUUGACUGUCGAAGUCACCUAUGGAAUGUUGGUGGACACGAAGAGGAAGAAAUGGAUCAUAGCCGAUGUGAAGAAAGAAAAGAAACUGCAUACUUUUUCUGGAUUAGAUUUCACCAAACCACUUUUGCCUGUAUUUGGAGCGUACAACCCAGAUCUCAUCAGUGUUGAAAUGAAAGUUAAGGCGGGUGUGCAAAUUUCUUCAUAUCCUUCAUUUCUCAAAGGUCUUUAAGAUCGAAUUUAAGAAUAGUCUUGCCAAAUAUUUGUGCCAUUUUAUUUAAGAAUUGAUCAUGACGAACAUGUUCUUUCAUUUUUAGUUGGAGUUAGUCAAUAGAAAUCUAGAUUAUGUAAAUGAUUUUAUAACACAUUUAAGAAAAUUUUAAUGGAUCAGGAAUUUUCCAAUACCUUUUUUCCAAUGUAAAGAUAUCUCAUAUUGAGUUGUGUACUUAAUAAUUAGAGUUUGAAAUUGACUUGUGUUUGUACAGACAUUGGUUGUGUUAAUUUGCAUUUUCGUGCUUUAAUGUAUAAUUGUUAAUUUGUUGAUAUAUGCAUUUAGUCAGUUUUUUAUAUAAUUGCAUUGUAUUUUUUUAAAUUGUUUUCCGUCCACAAUUUUUAUAUUUCUUAAUCUUUAUGUUUAUUUUUGUAGCAAAAGAUAAUUUCCUUCUCUGGUAAAAGACUACUCUAUAUAUUAUUUAAUAAAAAGGAGGAAAUUUGGUUUUACGCAUUGAAAAUACGCCUUCAACAAGAACUUACACGAGGCAAUGGUAAACUAUAAUUAUUAUUUUGAAAUAGAAACACGCUUUUUAGUUAAAAAAUAAGCCAAAAGAUAAAGAUAAAUUAUAAUGAAAAUUUAAUUACGAUAUUAAUGUACCUUUGUUCAAGAAGAAACAAUUGAGUUGUUAAACUAUUAUGGUAUAUAUACCUUGCACUCCUCGAAGUGAAUAUAACUUAUAUUUUACAAGUGAAAUGGUAGAUAUUUAUACCAAAUUGUGUAAUCAUAAGGAAUAUGUUAUUUCUGUUUCACAUUUCGGGUUAAAAAGAAAUGUGUUUUACUUUUUGCUUUUGCUCAAAGUAACAUGUAUGUGAUUGAUAUUUUCAGCAAAAUGUGCAUGUUUUGCAAUGUGAAAAUGCUUUUUAGUACAUUUAGAGAUUUUUUUUAAUUAGUUGUAAAUGUGUCACAGUAUGUUUUUUUUUUGACAACUUAACCUCCUAUUUCAAGAUUUUAUAGAUAUAAUCUUCAAAUGUUUUAUAUAACGCUACAUUUGGGUAGGCUAAUUUUAGAAUAUAAAAUACAUGACAAUUAUGUGAUACAUGUACUUUAAUUUCUUCUGUGAUAUAUAGUGUAUGAUCUGUGAUACUAAUUAUACAUUUUAAAAUCUAUUUUUAGAGUGAUAUAUUUAUAAGUUAAUCAUUAAACAUAGACUUCA